GGCAUGAGCCUGGAAUCAUUUCUAAUAGGGUCAAAAUGAACAUAUAUUAUGUAAUAUAAAGGUAGAUGACAACUAUUUAUAUACCUUUUGUCAACACCAAAAAAACUAUUUAUAUAUACCAAGUUCAGAAAAAUUAUAUACAUACUAUCUCCUUCAUUUCCCUCUUCAUUGUUGUGUAAUAAGAAAGCAUAGGAGAGAAAUUCUAAGAAGCAAAAAUGGAUUGUUGUGUGUGCACAACUAUGCCAUUAAUAUUAAGGCCUCCAAGGAAUACAAUAUGUGGGGCAUGUUAUGAAGGAGUUAGGAGCAUAAUCAACAUGAUGAAUGGUCUUGAAACUGAGAAAGCAAAAACAAUCACUACUCCGAAUGAUUCUCCUGUUUCGCGGCGAAAUUCGAGUAAGACACUUGAUGAUUGUGUAAGAUGGUGUUCUGAGCAAAUAGACCAAUUUAAUCAACAAAAACAAGAUUUGGCUUAUCUCAGAGGUUUUGCUGCUGCCUUCAAAGAACAAAUUCACACAGAUAUAUUGAUAAGUCCAGGCAAUCAUGGUCCACCUAUACCUGCACAUAAAUCCGUUUUGGCUGCAAGAUCAGAAAUUUUCAAGAAUAUGCUAGAGAUUGAUGAAUGUAAAGCUGCACCAACUUGUAACACAAUAACUAUACCUGACCUAAACCAUGAAGAACUAGAAUCUCUCCUAGAGUUUCUCUACAGUGGUACAUUACCUUUGGAAAAAUUGGAGAAACAUGUGUAUGCCUUGUCACAAGCAGCUGAUAAGUAUAUUAUCCCACAUUUGCUGAAAUACUGUGAAAGAUACUUGUUCAGCUCACUUAGUACUUCUAAUGCAUUUGAGACACUAGAAAUUGCUGAUACUUGUUCAAACCAAGAUUUGAAGGAGACAACCUUUAAUUUCUUAGUUAAAAAUAUUGGGCUUAUGGUUACUUCUCCUAAAUUUGAAGCUUUUGUGCAUAGGAGUCCACAUUUAACUGUGCAAUUAGUUUCAAGAGCAUUUGUGAAUGGUUCCAAAUUAUCAAUUUCUCUAUAAGUGGAAGAGGCACAGUUGUUUUUAUUUUUAAUUUCAUUUUUUUUUUAUUAUGUAUCUAUUGAAAUGAUAUUUUGUGAAGCAGAAUAAUAUAAUUCAUUCAUUGUUCUCACCAAAGCUAUUCGUUUAAUGUUGGUCUCUGGUUAAUUUGUAAA